AUGGCCAGCCUGCCAGCUGCAAGAGCCGUUCUGGCCGCCUGCCUGCUGGGCUGCGUUCUCCCCCUGUACGCGAAGACCACCCACACCGAGGCUGAGAAGGCGAGGGCGCUGGAGACGCUGUUUUCGAGCAUCGACGUGAACCACGACGGCCAGCUGGACGCGGCAGAGACGGAGCAGUAUGCUGCGGCCAGCUUGGACCUGCUGCAAGAGGGGUGGAGCGCCCGCGACGCUUCCAACGCCGCCCAGGCGCUGGACGGCCCCGACGCCGGCGCCACCGUCUCAAAGGCGGAGCUGGCAGCGCACCUGACCGCGCUCCUGCAGGCAUGCACCUGCUGCAUUCGUGACCACCGCGUCGAGGACUGGGUGAGCCACGGCCUCAACCUGCCGCAGUACGCCGCCGCCUUCCGCCAGGCCGCUAUCACCGCGCUCGACUUCCCCUUCCUGGUCAGCGACGGCGGCGCCAGCCUGCAGGCAGAGCUAGGGGUGGUCAGCAAGCUGCACCAGCUGCAGAUCCUGCGCGGCCUCAAGCGCCUCAUUCUGGGCCUCGGGGAGCUGCCCGGCGCGCCGCGCCAGCUGGAGUGCGCCGCCGCCAACAGGAGCGCGGUGCGGCUGAGCUGGCGGGCGCCGCGGGUGCCGGGCCACCCCGCCCUCCACAAGUACGCGCUGCAGCGGCAGCGCGUGGUGGCAGCUGCGGGCAGCGCCGGCGCUGCGGCGGCAUGCGCGGCCGGCCUGGGCGACGGCGCCGGCAGCGGGCCCCGCCAAGGUGGCGUGUGCGUCGGCGUGGAGCGGUGGGAGGCGGCUGGGGAACCGGAUGACGAAGACAGCAGCUGGGUGGACCUGCCGCCGGCCAGGGGAAGCUACCGGUACCGUCUUGCGGCCUGGAGCGCCUUUGGGCGCAGCGAGUAUGCCGUCAGCGGCGCUGCCUGCGAGGUGCGGGCCGUGCACCAGCGGCCGCCGCCGUCCGCGCCGCUGCCGCCGGCCGAGGUUCAGGCGCUGCUGGCUGCGGUGGCGGCAACGGGCAGCCUGUCGGCGGGGCGCACGGGCGGGGCGGCGCCGGGCGGCGCAGCAGGCGCGGGUGUGUGGUCCUGGUCAGCGGCCAGCAGCGCGGCGGUGGUGGCCCUCACCAUCCUCCUCAAGGCCAGCCAGCUGAAGGCAGGCGGCCUGCUGCUGGCGCUGUGGCGCAGCCUGACAGCGCGCGUCAGGCGGCCGGCGGCCGGCGCAGCAGCAGGAGCAGCAGAUGGAGCUGAGCAGCAGCAGGAGCAGCAGCAGGAAGGGGGCCGCGAUGCAGCAUGGGCCGGCAUGCCGCGAGCGAGGAGUAGCCAGGCGCUGCUGGCCGCCCUUGGCAGCGGGGCGGCGGCAGCAGACGAGCAGCAGCAGCGGGUGGGGGUGGCCAGCGGCGGCUCCAUGCUGCGCAGCUACAGCAGCACACAGCUGCUGGGCGAGCAGGGCGGGCAGCUGGGCAGUAUGGGGGUGGAGGCCGCGGGCUGGGAUGCGGCGGCAGAGGCGGGCGAGAUGGACGACGCAGCUGCCGAGCAGCUGCAGCUCGCAAUACAGCGCGGCACCCGCUGCGCCCACCCCGGCUGCCACCGCCGGUUUGACCGCUUGAGGGACAUGCGUCGCAAGCUGGAGGCGAGUGGGGGCUGCGUGAUGGGUGGAUUACCUUCCCGUGCCGGCUGCCUGCCAUCCGCUGCCACAGCUGCGGCGUGCCAUCCAUGGCUGACAGGCCUGCUCUUGGGUUCUCAUCCUUCUGAAACUACUGCUGCUUGCCGCCACUUUUCCUGGGUGCAGAGCCACUACUGCUGCCUGUGCCAGUACAUGUACUGCCUGCAGCACACCCGCAUCAGUCCCCACGGGCCACGCGGCGGCUGCGGGCUGGAGAGCCAGUGCAUCUGCCAUGCCUGCUUUGCCGAGCUGGCGCCCGCUCAGCAGGCAGCUUGCGAGCGCAACAACCGCCUGCCCAGUCGCCGCCUGGCGGCGGCGGCGCUCUUGGCGGCAGCAGCAGCGUGGCCGGCCGCAAGUCCCCCAGCGCGGGCGGAUGCUGGCAGCGCCCCGGACGCAGGCAGCUUCUACGCACGCUGGCCCUAUGUGCAGCCUGGCGACAUCCUGCCAUAUCUGCGGGCUACUGCCGCCGCUGGGGAUGUCGACUCUGUGCUGGCGGGCAUCGACCGUUUUGCCGGCUACUACCCAAUGUAUAGGUCGGUAUUCGCUGCCUCUCAAAGUGAGGCCGGUGUCCCAGAUGUGGAUUCUGUAGCAGAUGCAGGAUGCGGCAGCAGAUGGUGCGGCCCCGAGAAGGGUGCCAUCCUGGAGCGCCUGGUGGCGCGGCAGCGGCCGGCGCUGGCGCUGGAGCUGGGGACGUUCAUGGGGUACGGGUGCGCUCGCAUCGCGCGCCAGCUGCCGCCAGGCGGGCGCCUGGUCAGCAUCGAGGCCCGCGAGGAGCAGGCCGCCGUCGCCCGCGAAGUGCUGCGCCUGGCGGGCCUGCCGGUGGGCGAGGGCCCCGAGGCUCGGGUGCAGGUGGUCAGCGGGCUGUCUGGCGACGUGCUGCCGCGGCUGCGGGAGCUGGCGGGGCUGCACGUGGGGCAGGCUGCUGGGCUGGUGUUCCUGGACCACUGCAAGCCGUGCUACCUUCCCGACCUGGUGUGCAUGGAGGAGCUGGGGCUGGUGGGGCCCGGUACCAUGGUGGUGGCAGACAACGUGAUGGUGCCGGGCACGCCAGACUAUCUGGAGCAUGUGGGCGCCGGCACCGGGCUGCUUGGCCUUAGCGCACUGACACCAGAAGCGGUCAGCAGCAGCAGCGGUGGUGGCAGUGGCGGCGGCAUCGGUACAGACGGUGCAGAUGGUACGGAGCGGUAUUGCACGUACCGCACCGAGCUGCUGGCCACCAUGUUUGAGAUGGAGCAGCGGUGGAAGCCAGACUGGCAGCCGCAGCGGGAUGCCAUGUCGGUGUCUAUCUGCCUCCCCGGCACGCCAGCAUAGCAAAACCAAGCGGUCGGUGGGUUUGCACGGUACUGCCUACGAGUUGUGCCAUCUCUUGAUGCAAACUUCAUUACUCGUGAUUCCAGAUCACUUGUGCAGCAUGACAUCUCACACCCA